AUGGGACAGACCGUGACGACCCCCCUUAGCCUGACGUUAGGUCAUUGGACAGAAGUGAGAGCAAGGGUGCAUGACUUGUCAGUAGAAGUUAAAAAAGGGCUGUGGCAGACUUUCUGUACCUCCGAGUGGCCCACUUUUAACGUUGGAUGGCCCCCGGAGGGGACUUUUGACCUCUCCACUCUGCUUGCAGUAAAAGCUGUUGUUUUCCAGAAUUCAACUUGGGGACAUCCGGAUCAGCAGCCCUACAUUGUGGUCUGGCAAGAAUUGGUGGAAAAUCCACCACCCUGGGUAAAGCCCUGGGUGCGAAAGAAAGCGAACUCUCAAGUCUUAUUGGCUCAGGCUCAACCUCGGGGAAAAGGGAAAGAGACCACCAAAAUACACCCUGACACUCAAGACUUGCUCAUGGUUGAUGAUCCCCCUCCUUACCCUCCUGCCUCUGCCCCGGCGCCCGAGGCCCCGGCGGCUGAGGCCCCAGUGCCUCCGGCCCCGGCACCUCCGAUGCCUCUAGCCUCUGGUACCGAGGCAUCGGGGCCAGCUCCGGGACCGGCCCAGGGAACUCGGCGGCGCCGAGGGGCCGCAUUGGACCCAUCAGGUAUUUUUCCCCUCAGGUCUUAUGGGGCCCCCAUUCUCGGGGAGGAAAGAGACCCACCUUUCCAACCUCUGCAAUACUGGCCAUUCUCCUCUGCCGAUUUAUAUAAUUGGAAAGCUAACCACCCUCCUUUUUCAGAGGAACCGCAGAGACUAAUGGGACUGAUAGAGUCCCUGAUGUUCUCUCACCAGCCCACUUGGGAUGAUUGUCAGCAGCUCUUACAGGUACUCUUCACCACGGAAGAAAGAGAAAGGAUCCUCCUGGAAGCACGAAAGAACAUGCCUGCAGCUGACGGACGACCGUCGCAACUCCCUCAUGAUAUAGAAAGGGGGUUCCCGCUGACCAGACCCAACUGGAGUAAUUCUCCAGAAGGUAGGGAGCGACUAACCAUCUAUCGCCAGGCUCUGGUGGCAGGUCUUCGCGGGGCUGCAAGGCGCCCCACCAAUUUGGCCAAGGUAAGAGAGGUUUGUCAGGGAGCCGCUGAGGCACCCGCAGUGUUCUUAGAACGCCUGAUGGAAGCCUUCAGGCGGUAUACUCCCUUUGACCCCACUUCCGAGGAGCACAGUGCCUCAGUGGCUCUUGCCUUUAUUGGGCAAUCAGCGCCUGAUAUUAGAAAGAAGCUUCAGAGACUAGAAGGCUUACAGGAUUUGUCGUUGAGAGAUUUGGUGAAAGAAGCUGAGAAAGUUUAUCAUAAAAGAGAGACUGAGGAAGAGAAGGAAUUAAGGAAGGAAAAGGAAAAAGAAAGUAAAGAGGAAAAGAGGGAUAGGAAGCAUGAGAGAAAUUUAACAAAAAUCUUGGCCGCAGUAGUAGAAGGUAAGGGACGCCCGCCCUCUAGUGGUAGAACUAGUAAGGCAGGGCACCUGGGCAACCGGCCUCCUUUGGAUAAUCAAUGUGCAUACUGCAAAGAGAAAGGACAUUGGGUGAAAGAAUGCCCUAAAAAGCCACUGCAGAAGCCUCCAAAAAAGGUGUUGUCUCUGCUGGAAGACGAAGAUUAGGGAGGACGGGGCUCGGAACCCCUCCCCGAGCCCAGGGUAACUCUGAAAGUGGAGGGGCCACCCGUUGAGUUCCUAGUAGACACCGGUGCUCAACAUUCUGUAUUAACUAAAGACAAGGGCCCUCUCUCUGGCAAAAAGUCUUAGGUGAUUGGAGCUACAGGCCAGAAACAAUAUGCAUGGACCACCCGAAGGGCAGUAGACUUAGGAGUAGGACGAGUAAGUCACUCGUUCCUCAUUAUACCGGAAUGCCCUACGCCCCUGUUAGGAAGGGACAUCUUGACCAAAGUAGGAGCCCAAAUAUCUUUUCAAGCUGAGAAACCUCUAGUGACUAAUCAGGAAAAUAAGCCUUUGAACUUGAGUAUUCUGACCAUAAGAUUGGAAGACGAAUACUGUCUUUUUAUGGAACCAGAGCCCUCCCGGAUUAGUCAGGAGUGGCGCAACCGAUUCCCAGGAGCCUGGGCGGAGACGGCGGGCAUGGGGCUCGCCAAGAACCAGCCCCCUGUAAUCAUAGAACUAAAAGCUUCAGCCUUGCCAGUGACUGUGAGGCAAUAUCCAAUAAGUAAAGAAGCCAGGGAUGGAAUUAGGCCACAUAUCCAGAAGCUCAUGGAACAGGGAAUAUUAGUAAAAUGUCAAUCCCCAUGGAACACCCCCUUGCUGCCUGUAAAAAAGGCAGGAACGGGAGAUUACCGACCAGUACAAGAUUUAAGAGAAGUUAACAAAAGGACACAGGACAUUCACCCCACCGUGCCAAAUCCCUAUAACCUACUAAGCUCCCUGGCCCCAAAAAACAUCUGGUAUUCAGUUUUAGAUCUAAAGGAUGCUUUCUUUUGUCUGCGCUUGCACCAGAACAGCCAACCGCUGUUUGCCUUUGAGUGGAAAGAUCCCACCACAGGAACUACUGGGCAAUUGACCUGGACUCGUUUGCCACAAGGAUUCAAGAACUCGCCCACCCUCUUCGAUGAGGCUUUACAUCAGGACUUGGCUUUCUACCGAGCUUCAAACCCACAGGUAACUUUGCUGCAAUAUGUUGAUGACUUAUUGAUAGCCGCUCCCACCUGGGAGACCUGCCAAGAGGCCACUGAAGCCCUUUUGACUGAACUUGCCAAAUUAGGGUAUAGAGCAUCUGCUAAGAAGGCACAGAUCUGCCAACAACAAAUGAUUUAUUCGGGAUAUUCCCUGAGAAAAGGGAAAAGGUGGCUUACUGAAGCCCGGAAGCAGACUGUGACGCAGAUUCCGGUCCCCACUACAGCACGCCAGGUUCGCGAGUUUCUGGGGACAGCGGGGUUUUGUAGAUUGUGGAUAUCCGGAUAUGCUUCCUUGGCCACCCCUCUGUACCCCCUUACCAAGGGGACAGCCCCGUUUGUUUGGGGAUCUGAGCAACAACAGGUCUUUGAUGAUAUCAAGAAAGCCCUCCUCUCAGCACCCGCUCUAGCAUUGCCAGACGUAACUAAGCCAUUUGUCCUUUUCGUGGACGAACGGAGCGGAGUAGCUCGAGGAGUGUUGACCCAACAAUGGGGACCUUGGAAGAGACCUGUGGCCUAUCUGUCAAAAAAAUUAGACCCCGUGAGUAGUGGGUGGCCUGCCUGCCUGAGAGUAGUAGCAGCUGUGGCCCUCCUAGUUAAAGAUUCUGACAAACUAACGCUGGGACAAAAACUCACUGUGGUUGCUUCACAUGCAUUAGAGAGCAUAAUCCGACAACCACCCGAAAGAUGGAUGUCAAAUGCCAGAAUGACUCACUACCAGACCUUACUCCUGAAUCGUGAUCGUGUGGAAUUUGCCCCACCCGCCAUCCUAAACCCAGCUACUCUGCUCCCCGAUUUGGAAAAAGAAGUACUUCAUACCUGCCAGGAAAUCCUGGCUGAGGAGACGGGGACCCGCCAGGACUUACAAGAUCAGCCUUUAGAAGGACCAGGACUCCUGACUUGGUAUACAGACGGGAGCAGUUACAUUAUGGAUGGUAAGGGAAUGGCGGGAGCUGCAGUAGUGGAUGAUAACCGAAUCGUGUGGGCCAGUGGACUUCCAACGGGCACUUCUGCACAGCAAGCAGAGCUCGUCGCUCUGACUCAGGCUCUAAAGAUGGCAGAAGGUAAGAGACUUAAUGUCUAUACCGACAGCCGAUGCGCUUUUGCCACCGCUCACAUACACGGGGCUAUUUAUAGACAGAGAGGGUUAUUGACUUCUGCCGGGAGAGAUGUUAAAAAGAAACAAGAAAUUUUAAAUUUGUUAGAAGCCAUCCAUAGACCUAGAGAAGUGGCAAUAAUACAUUGCCCUGGGCAUCAAAAAAGCGACUCUCUAAUAGCUCAAGGAAACAGAAGGGUGGACCAAGCUGCAAAACAAGCAGCCCAGGGAAUGAAUAUCUUACCCCAAAAUUCCUCACCCCACGAGAUAUACAAGUCUGAAAAAGGGAGAGUUGUCCUGCCUAAGACAGAGGCAGAAGAAUACUUAAGGCAAUUGCAUCAAUUGACACAUUUGGGAGCAAAAAACCUAAAGACCUUGGUUCAAGACUCCCCUUAUCAUGUUAUUGGAUUAGGAAAACUGGCUGACGAGGUUGUAAGAAAUUGUGUUCCCUGCCAAUUAGUAAAUGUGAGUAAAAAUCCAGUAACAUCCGGGAAAAGACUUCGAGGGGAUCGCCCAGGAGCUUACUGGGAAGUUGACUUCACUGAGAUCAAGCCUGCUAAGUAUGGAUAUAAGUACCUUCUAGUUUUCCUAGACACAUUUUCAGGAUGGACAGAGGCGUUCCCCACCAAAACUGAGACAGCUCAGACGGUGUCUAAAAAGAUCCUUGAAGAAAUAUUUCCCAGGUUUGGAAUCCCAAAGGUAAUCGGCUCCGACAACGGCCCUGCCUUUGUUGCCCAGGUAAGUCAGGGAUUGGCCAAGAUUUUGGGGACGGAUUGGAAAUUGCAUUGUGCAUACAGGCCCCAGAGCUCAGGACAGGUAGAAAGGAUGAAUAGAACUCUAAAAGAGACCCUGACUAAAUUAUCCAUAGAGACUGGUUUAUAUGAUUGGUUGGUCCUCCUUCCCUUCGCCUUAUUCCGAGUUAGAAACACCCCCAGCCGUUUUAGACUAACACCCUUUGAAAUAAUGUUUAGAGCCCCGGCUCCACUAAAUGCAGCUCACCUCCACGUAUCCCCUGAAUCUGUGACUAAUAAGUUUCUGCUUGAAAGGUUACGGGCUCUGGAAGUUGUGCAGAAAGAAGUGUGGGCCUCUAUCCGAGAAGCCUAUCGGCCAGAGGACAUUUCAGUACCUCACCCGUUCCAAGUGGGAGACUCUGUCUACGUAAGGCGACAUCGAACGGACAAUCUUGAGCCUCGGUGGAAAGGACCCUUCAUCGUCCUUUUGACCACACCUACAGCUGUGAAAGUAGAUGGCAUCUCUUCCUGGAUACAUGCUUCACAUCUGAAGAAAGCGCCUCAACCAGACCCGGACUGGCGAGUAAUUCGAACUGAUAACCCUCUUAAAAAUGCAGUGAGCAGGCGUGGCCCGUCUCUGCCUUACCUGAAGAAGGAGAAGGACAAAGAAGGGGCAGCACAGAUUGUGGGAGGGGAGGACCUGCUCACCCUCCGCCCCUGGACAGCGGCGUGGCUGCCUGCCGACCUCCCGGGGGAACGGGGUGCAGGGGGAAGCGGCCGGGGUCAUGACUCCCUACCCCCAAGGCACUGCCUCAUCUCCUGCCCCCUUGGUCUCCUCCACAUGCCGGGAGUUAGGUCUUCCCGCGCGCAGAAACCUGCCGCUCCCAAAGGACCCCGAACCCCGCCCCCGCUAGCCCCACCCCAGCAGUUCCAUCCCGGCGCCUUACUGGCAGGCUCGAGCUGGGGGUCAGGGUCAGGAUUCAAGGGCUCUUCCCGGGAAAGGGGUCUGGGCAGAAGGACGGCUGAGGGUGACCCCCUCCACGAGAGAGGGUCUGGGGACUGCCCAAGCCAACAGCUCCUCCAGCAGCCCCCAGACGGCCACGGGGACAAGCGCAGGGUGGGCCCCUGUCCCUGUGCUUGGCCUGGAGUGGCAAGGCCCAGCCCACAGGGCGCUCGUGGAGUAGGGGCCAGGGCUGGCCUGAGGGCCCUGGGCGUCACCACAGGCGGUGCAGGCUCGUCUUGGGGAUCAGGAGAGGUGCGGCUGCGUGGGGGCUGCGGGCCAGGAGUGACAGCCUUAGACUCGGCAGCCCAUUGCCCCACAUCCUCCCUCAGGCUGCGGAAGCCUGCCUGCUUAAGCGGUGUGCGCGCGUGCGUGUCUUUGGCAGGAAUGUGGCUACUGAAUCGGACCCUGCUCACCAGGCCCACCUGCCCCGUCAGGACUCUUCCUGCCCCUCCCUAG